AUGCGUCGCGUUGUAGUGACAGGCCUGGGAGCCACGACGCCCUUGGGAGUUGGCGUAAGGCGAACAUGGACUCGUCUUAUUAACAACGAAUGCGGAAUCGUCAGCGUUGCAGAUCUCGAGCCUCAAGCACGAUGGAAAGAGUUGACGAGCACAGUCUCUGGGUUAGUGCCCAGUGGAGAUGGAGAAGGACGAUGGAAGGCAUCAGAUUGGGUCAAUGCAAAUGAGCAAAGACGAAUGUCCAAAUUUACACAAUAUGCUAUCGCAGCUAGCGAUAUGGCUCUCAGGGACUCGGGAUGGGAGCCGAAGAGCGCAGAGCAGCAGGAGGCUACCGGUGUAUGCAUUGGAAGCGGUAUUGGAAAUCUAGACGAGAUCUACGAGACCAGUUUAGUGCAUCAUCAAGACGGCUACAAGAAGGUAUCGCCGUUAUUUGUUCCCAAAAUUCUCAUCAACAUGGCCGCCGGUCAUAUAGCCAUGAAAUACGGCUUCCAGGGCCCCAACCACACAGCUACCACGGCUUGCACGACUGGUGCACACUCAAUCGGAGAUGCAGCACGAUUUAUCACUAUGGGAGACGCCGAUGUGAUGAUUGCAGGAGGUUCAGAAUCAUGUAUCCAUCCCUUGACUUUCGCUGGCUUCGGCAGAGCAAGAUCUCUGUCCACAGCAUAUAACGAUAAUCCCGCAGCCAGCUGUCGUCCUUUCGAUGCUGACCGCAAUGGCUUCGUUGUUUCGGAAGGUGCUGCAGUGGUGGUUCUCGAAGAAUUAGAGCAUGCCAAAGCGCGGGGAGCUCAUAUAUAUGCUGAGAUCAAGGGCUACGGCUGCAGUGGGGAUGCUCACCAUAUGACAGCACCGCGGGAAGAUGGCCAUGGUGCAUAUCUUGCUAUGAAGAAAGCACUCAAAAGUGCAGGCAUCAAGCCUUCACAGGUCGACUAUAUCAACGCACACGCAACAGCAACUCAUGUUGGCGAUGUAGCGGAAACAUCGGCCAUCAGGCGGAUCAUGCUGGGCGAGGAGGGACAUCACAAAGAGUCGGAUGUCACAGUCAGCAGCACCAAGGGUGCAGUCGGACAUUUGCUAGGUGCUGCUGGAGCUAUUGAGGCCCUGUUUUGCAUUCUAGCCAUUCAUGAGGGAGUGGUACCAGCAACAUUAAACCUACAGAAGCCAGACGUGGGAGCUGACUUUAAUUUUGUGCCAAAUGAAGCACAAGAGAAGACAGUUGGUGUAGCUGUGUCCAACAGCUUUGGCUUUGGUGGGACAAAUAGUUCAUUGGAUCCAAGGGUCCAUGACGAUAACACUCCAAGUGCCUCCCAUUCCGCCUUGCCCAGGCCCUUCACGCCAAAUCUCCCUAUCGAACAUACUCUCACAAUGAGCAUGGCCUGCGAGACAUGUCGAACCCAGGCCCGGACCGUCCUCCGGGCUGCAAUGCGAGCCGGCGCAUCACGAGCCGCUGCACCGACGACGAGGAAUUUCCUUCCGCCCGCUGCGAUGGCUACUCGACGACAGUUUAGCAACACGAGCUCGAGGAGUCUUCUCAAGGGUAUUGGAAAGUCUAUGGCGGAGCCGUAUCGUGUGUUGGGUGCGACGGAGCAGCUUUUCAAGGCUUCAGCGAAGGCGGCGGAUUAUCAUAUCACUGAGAAGGAGAGGAAGGAUGAUCAGGUGCAGCUUGCGGAGGAUGGUGAAGAGAUUGGACACUCUCUGAACCCUGAUAGUCCCUGGCAUCACACCUUCAAACUCCCUCCAACCUUCAGCACCUGGUCCCACGUAACCAUGCUUCACCUCUACCUAAUCAACACCCGAAUACGCUGCUUCGACCGCGAGGGUUUCCAAAACUGGCAGCACCAGCUCACAGACCACUUCUUCUUCGAGUGCGAGAAAAAGAUGCACAUCGACCACCACAUCACAUCGAGCGCCCUCCGCCAACGAUACCUCAAGGACAUUUUCGUUCAGUGGCGCGGUCUCCUGCUAGCAUACGACGAGGGUCUUAUCAAGGGUGAUGCAGUGCUAGCAAGCGCCAUUUGGCGAAAUCUGUUCAAGGGUGCUGCUGAUGCGGAUCCCAGAGCUCUGCUUGCUAUUGUAGGAUGGAUGAGAUCGACAUUGUUGCAGUUUGAGGCUGUGUCGGAUAACAAUCUUCCUGCCCAGUUACCGGCGAUUAUGGCUAAGCCGGUGGAUGUGUUCUGGACGAGGUUGGAGAAGCAACUUGGUGGACAGCAGGAGGAUAGUCUUCCUGCUAAGGAGGUGAAGGAGGAGCCUGUAUCAACAGAGGAGGCAGCCAAGGUUUCAGCGAACUAA